AUGGAAGAGAUCGAUGGACGUCCAUUUUGGGAAUAUUUUGAUGGUUAUGAGCACGACGAGCCAAAGGAAGAACCCGAAACAAUAAAGACUUGUGGCAUGUGUUUUGUCGUCUUGCCAAAAGAAGAUGAUGCCGAACAAACCUUCGAGAUCAAAUCUCCACAAAUUUGGACAUUUGUGGAUCUGACGGACAUUCCUCCAGGAGAGACGGUCGACUUGGAUGAAAAUAAGGAGCCCAGCAGUAAUGUGUAUGCAAUUGUGGAGAGUGCAGAAAUGCAAAACGAAGAGGAACCACUCUCUGACUGGUGGACUCCAAUCAAAAUAGAGGGUACCUUGAAUGAGCAGCAGUUCUACAUUGUCGACGUGGAAGCAUUCUUGCACCCCAUUACUGUCAUUCACAAUCUUGGCCGGAAUCCGCUUCCAUAG